UUUUUUUUUAAAUAACAUAUUUCCAGACGUGCCUCCCCCUCCUCCCGCUCCCCCACCCCCCAUCUUUGCAAAGCAGCCCCGAGGGCGGACGGGGGGGGGGGGCGGAGGGGCGUGGCCGAGGAGUUAAUAAAGGGAGAGGGGCGGAGCCGGGCAGCAGCCAUUGGCUGGCCCGCAGAGUGAUGUCACCCAUAUGACGCCCUGAUAACUAGUUGGGAGAGAGCCCUCAACUUUUUGCAGAAGGAGCGCGCGCGCCUGGGAGUGCUCGGGGUCCGGCGCUUGCGGCGGGAGCCACGAGCCGGAGAGAGGGGGUCCCGGGCUGCCUCGACCGCCGCCGCCUCUCCCGUCGCGGCCGCAGCUUCCCGCGCUCGGGCGGCCGUCGCCGCCGCAGCCGCCGCAGCCGCUGUGUGCAGCCUGGAAGGGGGGGCGGGGGGGAGGGGGGGAGCCGCGGACGCGGGGUACCGAGGACUUUGCAACUUGCCCGGGAAGGUGGAGGGGCGAGAGGGGGAGGGGGACCUCCGCACGAGACCGAGCGGCCCGGGUUGGAGCGCCCAGCCCCGCGGCGGAUCAUGGUGCAGCAGGCGGAGAGCUUGGAAGCGGAGAGCAACCUGCCCCGGGAGGCGCUGGACACGGAGGAGGGCGAAUUCAUGGCUUGCAGCCCGGUGGCCCUGGACGAGAGCGACCCGGACUGGUGCAAGACGGCGUCGGGCCACAUCAAGCGGCCGAUGAACGCGUUCAUGGUGUGGUCCAAGAUCGAGCGCAGGAAGAUCAUGGAGCAGUCCCCGGACAUGCACAACGCCGAGAUCUCCAAGCGGCUGGGCAAGCGGUGGAAAAUGCUGAAGGACAGCGAGAAGAUCCCGUUCAUCCGGGAGGCGGAGCGGCUGCGGCUCAAGCACAUGGCCGACUACCCCGACUACAAGUACCGGCCCCGGAAAAAGCCCAAAAUGGACCCCUCGGCCAAGCCCAGCGCCAGCCAGAGCCCCGAGAAGAGCGGCGGCGGCGGCGGCGGCGGCGGGGGCGCGGGCGGCGGCGGCGGCGGCGGCGGCGGGGGCGCGGGCGGCGGCGCGGGCGGCGCCAAGACCUCCAAGGGCUCCAGCAAGAAAUGCGGCAAGCUCAAGGCCCCCGCGGCCCCCGCGGCCGGCGGCGCCAAGGCCGGGGCGGCCAAGGCGGCGCAGCCCGGGGACCUGGGCGGCGCGGGCGACGACUACGUGCUCGGCAGCCUGCGCGUGAGCGGCGCGGGCGCGGGCGGCGGCGGCGGCGGCGGGGGCGCGGGCAAGACCGUCAAGUGUGUGUUCCUGGACGAGGACGACGAGGACGACGAGGACGACGACGAGCUGCAGCUGCGGAUCAAGCAGGAGGCGGACGAGGACGACGACGAGCCGCCGCACCAGCAGCUCCUGCAGCCGCCGGGCCAGCAGCCGCCGCAGCUGCUGAGACGCUACAACGUCGCCAAAGUGCCCGCCAGCCCCACGCUGAGCAGCUCGGCCGAGUCCCCCGAGGGCGCGAGCCUGUACGACGAGGUGCGGGCCGGCGCGGCCUCGGGCGCGGGGGGCGGCAGCCGCCUCUACUACAGUUUCAAGAACAUCACCAAGCAGCACCCGCCGCCGCUCGCGCAGCCCGCGCUGUCGCCCGCGUCCUCGCGCUCCGUCUCCACGUCCUCGUCCUCCUCGUCCAGCAGCGGCGGCAGCGGCGGCGGCAGCGGCGGCGAGGACGCCGACGACCUGAUGUUCGACCUGAGCUUGAAUUUCUCCCAGAGCGCGCACAGCGCCAGCGAGCAGCAGCUGGGGGGCGGCGCGGCGGCCGGGAACCUGUCCCUGUCUCUGGUGGAUAAGGAUUUGGAUUCGUUCAGCGAGGGCAGCCUGGGCUCCCACUUCGAGUUCCCCGACUACUGCACGCCCGAGCUGAGCGAGAUGAUCGCGGGGGACUGGCUGGAGGCGAACUUCUCCGACCUGGUGUUCACGUAUUGAGAGGGGCGCCCCGCUUCUCGCUCUUUCUCUCCGCGGGUGCUGAGCAGGGUUCCUCGGGAGGAAGUCGUGGUGGUCGUGGCGGUGAUGAUGAUGAUGAUGAUGAUGAUGAUGAUGGUGGUGGUGUCGAUGGUGUCGGUGGUGGCGGUAGGGUGGAGGGGAGACAUGAGAUGCUGAUCUCGAUAUGAUGUCGUGACACAAAGAAAUUGGAAAAGAUGAUGAAAAUUUUGGUGGAGUUAAAGUGAAAUGAGUAGUUUUUAAACCGUUUUUCCUGUCCCUUUUUUUUUGUUUGUUUUGGGGGGGGGUUGUUUGUUUGUUUUUGUUUUUGCUCCCCUCCCUUCCUUUAUCGUGUCUCAAGGUAGUUGCAUACCUAGUCUGGAGUUGUGAUUUCCACCCCCACCCCCAAAUGUGGUUUUGUAAUUACUAUUUCUUUUUCUUGAAAUUCGUGAUUGCAACAAAGGCGGAGGGGACAGGGCGGGGGAGGGGAGGGAGGACCCGCUCCGGAAGGCGCUGUUUGAAGCUUGUCGGUCUUUGAAGUCUGGAAGACGUCUGCAGAGGACUUUUCGGCAGCACAACCGUUACGCUAGGGAGUUGGUUGGAGAUUUUUUUUUUUCGUAAGAGAUCUUAAAGAACUGAUGAUUUUUUUUUUAAAAAAAAAAGAGAAACAAACACAAAAACAAAAAAGGGACCAUUGCAACUUUUUUAUUUUAUUUUAUUUUUUUGGAGGGAGAAAACUGAUGUCUUCUAUGCAUCCGAUUCUUAACAAAACUGCAGGGAGCUUGAAAAAAUGCAGACUGUACAAACGCUUACAAAAAAAACAAAAAAACUGUGAACUGACUUACGAUCAGAGUUUACUUUUCAGAUCAAAUUGUUUAUGGUUUUACAAAUGUGAUUUCUACUUGCCAACUUUUUUUUUGUAACUUGUUCCCUUAUACCUCCUUGAUUGAAUACCAGACAGCCUAGACCUCAGUACAAAACGUAUUGAAGCAUUUUUGAUACAUAACAGACCUCAGUCUUUUUUAAAAAUUAAUAUAUUUUCAGGCGUAUUUUUGUACAGUGAAAAGGGAACAUUCUUGCUGUGUUUUUUCAGUAAGACUUUCAGGCACUUCUUCCCUUUUGAUUUCUUUUUUUCCUCUGUUUUUUUAGCAUGCAAGUAUGUUGGUACGUUAUGUCCUGGUUUUAAAAGGAUUAAAAUUUUAAAAUAAUCCUUGCAUCUAAAGGCCUUGUGGUUUUAAAAAAAAAAAAAAAAAGCAAACUUUUUUUUGUACAGCUAUAGUAGAGAUUUGUUCAAUAUUUGUAGGUAAAGAUUUAUUGAAAAUGGUGAUAUAGACCUCAGAGCUGUUAUCUUAGUCUAAAGAUUGUAUAUGUACUGUACUAUAGUAGGACUUUAUGUAUCUCAUACGCUGUGAUAUGUGGAUGGGGCCCCAGAUGGAAGGUUUGAAACUGGAUUCUCGAUUUUUAGCAAAAAAAGAAAAAAAAAGGCACAUAGUUUAAGAAGUUUCUCAUUUUGUGCAAUAUAAUCUAAAUAAAGUACAGACCAUCUGCAUAUUUUGUAGCAAA